UAGGGUUUUGGUGGUGGUGGUGGUGGUGGGGGUGGUGGGGUUUGGAUCUCGUCGCCGCCGCCGCCGCUCCGGCGAUCUCUCCGCCGUCGGAUCGGCUGUCCCCUGAUCGGAUCCCGGCCGUCCAUUCCCGUCGCGGCGGCGGAUCGGACGGCCGUGGGUCUCCCGGUCGGUCCCGGCGCUGUCUCCCGCCGGAACUCGGCUCCCCGGUUUCUGGUUACGAUGGUUUCGUCGGCACACUGACUAGAUGGCUUGAGAGGAGUUGUGAUCUUCGCCUCCGCUCCAGUCAGUUGCCCCUUUUUCUCCCGGUGGUGUGAGGCGUGUGACUGUUGCUACCCCUGAUUCAUGAUUGUUAGUGGGUACCGCCUUCCGCUCUCCUUAACCGCGUCAGACUCCGUGUUUGGCGCCCGCAUUAAGAAGAGGCGGAAGGCUCUCCAUCCGGUGGCUGUCCCCGCUCUCGACAGCCUCGCCCGACGGGUCUCCUCGUUCCAUGUCGCCAAACUUGGACAGCCCUGUUAAGACGCAGAUGGCGGUGGCAGUCCUUAACCGAAACCCUAACCCUGGCGGCGAGCUCAAUGGCGGCACCAAGAAAGGUGAGGGGAAGCCGGUGGGUCGGAGACGGGUGUUUGUACAGACCGAGACAGGCUGUGUCCUGGACAUGGAAUUGGACCGCGGGGACAACGCCCAUACGGUCAAGAGGAGACUUCAGUUAGCCCUGAAUGUUCCUACAGAUGAGAGCUCCCUCGUGUUUGGUGAUCUCGUGCUGAAGAAUGAUUUGAGUAUUAUCAGGGGUCACGCCCCAUUGCUUCUCACGAGGAACUCGAUGCAUAGGAGCACCUCCACUCCAUGCUUUCGUCCGAGGGAUUCCGAGCAAAAGGAUCAGAGCGGUAUUGUUGAGAUACUGGGCUGUUCUAGCCGAUGUGCUCGGUUAGAGCAGCUUGUCAAGGAUGUCGUGAAGGCUAUCAAAGGUGGGGUGGAGCCGAUACCUGUUCAUAGCGGACUUGGGGGAGCAUACUACUUUAGAAACAGUAAAGGCGACAAUGUUGCCAUCGUGAAGCCAACUGAUGAAGAGCCAUUCGCACCGAACAAUCCGAAAGGCUUUGUUGGGAAAGCCCUGGGACAGCCGGGUCUGAAAAGGUCCGUGCGCGUCGGCGAGACUGGCUUCAGAGAGGUAGCUGCAUACCUGCUGGACUACGAUCACUUUGCUAACGUCCCUCCCACGGCCCUGGUCAAGAUUACCCACUCGGUAUUCCAUGUGAAUGAUGGUGUAAAUAGUAAUAACCCCAGGGGCUGCGACAGGAAACACGAGGUGACCAGCAAGAUUGCUUCUUUCCAGCAGUUUAUACCUCAUGAUUUUGACGCUAGUGAUCAUGGCACAUCAAGCUUCCCUGUCGCCGCUGUCCAUAGGAUCGGCAUACUUGAUGUCAGAAUCUUCAAUACGGAUAGACAUGCUGGAAAUCUCCUAGUUAGGAAAUUUGAUGGUGCGGCUGGCAGAUUCGGGGGCCAGACAGAACUGAUCCCUAUCGAUCACGGCCUCUGCCUCCCUGAGAGCUUGGAGGAUCCGUACUUUGAGUGGAUCCACUGGCCACAGUCGUCGAUCCCCUUUUCCGAUGAUGAGCUCGACUACAUUGACAGGCUCGACCCUACCAGUGAUUGUGAAAUGCUUAGAAGGGAAUUGCCGAUGAUUCGUGAAGCCUGCCUUAAGGUUCUGGUCCUGUGCACAAUCUUCCUCAAGGAAGCGGCGGCUUUUGGCCUCUGCUUGGCAGAGAUAGGCGAAAUGAUGAGCAGAGAGUUUAAGGGGUUUGAUGAAGAGCCGAGUGAGCUCGAGGUAGUUUGCAUGGAGGCUAGGAGGAUAAUAGCAGAAAGAGAAGAAUUUUCGCCGAAACUAGAAACAGAGGAUAAUGAGUUCCAGUUUCACAUUGACUUUGGUGAGGAAGUCGACAGUUACAGAUCGCCAAGAUUGUUCAAUUUUGGAAGCAAGGGGUUGAGCUUUAGAAACCCUCUAUCUAAACUGGAGGAGAGCAUCGAGGAGGAAGAGGAAGAUGAUGAGAAUAACUUAGACAUGGAAGAGGUUACUAGCUUCUCUGCUGUUCAUGAGCGGCUUCCUACUCCUUCGAAACUCUCGGUUUCGUUAAAGGGUGUUAGCCUCACCGAGAAGAAUCCACGCAACAAAACCCUAGCACCAAAAGGGCAUAAUGCUACUGGGAAAAUUAACAAUCACGGCAGCGAUCCGGCUGGCGGCGGGAACAGCAGCAGCAGCGCAAACGGGCAGCUUCCGGGGAGCACGAGCUUUGUGAAGCUGGUCGACAUGGGUGACGAGGAGUGGCUGGCCUUCCUCGAGAAGUUCCACGAUCUGCUGCAACGUGCGCUCCGCGACCGCAGGUGCGGGGCUGCCGGCCAGUGGCAGAAGCAGAGGCUGGGCACUUCUUGCAAGUUUUGAAGAGUUAGGAAAUUAGAGGAAGAAGGAUUAGUAACCGCCCGUUGUGUGUAUGCUUUGUGAGUGUGUUGGUGUGUUGCAGUUUGUUGUUUGUGUUGCCUCCUAGUAAAGUUGUAAUGCGCAGCGAAAGGGCCUUAGCAAUAACAGCAUGAGAAUGCGUCGAAAGAGCUUGCCGCUACUGUGGAUAUUGUGUUUAAGUGCAAGUGAAAUGGUAGUUUACAAGGUCGAGGUGCGUAGUGUGGGAGCCUGCCUCUCUGAUUGCUACGUUUUUAUGUUUUCCUUAAUAGGGACAUAAUUAUCCGAAUAAAGCAGAUAAAAUGCAGUGUAUAUUUGGUAUUUUUAUGGCAUUAUAGUAAGUAUCUCUGGCUUUUGUUCCAGUGUGUUAAACCUAAAUAAUUGUUCUUCUUCUAUGGUGCUGCUUAUUUUUCCUA